CUUCCACCGCGUCCUCCUGAAAUUACAUCGCCCGCGCCGAGGGCGCAUUCGCGGAGCGGGGCGGCCCCGAGCAGCCGCCGCGCUCCCGCAGCGGCUCCCGGCGCGACCGCGGCUGCGGCGCCCCCUGCCGGGCGCGGGGGCGCGGGGGCGCGGGGCCCCUCCGCCUCCUCCCUCCCGCCGCCGGGCGGAGCGCAGCGGGCCGCGGCUGGGGCGGCCGCCGCGGGGCCGGGCCGAGGGCCGCCGGGGCAGAGGGCGCGGCGGGGAGCGCUCGCGCGCCCGCGGCGGGGCAGACGCGGAGCUGGCCGCGCGUUUGCCGGCGGGGGCUGCGGCGCCGCCCGGCCUGCGGGCCGCCGACACCAUGGCCGGCGAGAUCGCGGACCUGAGCAGCCGCGAUGCGCAGACCGUGUGCGAGGCCCUGGGCCGCUACGAGGACACGCUGCGCGGCGCCGUCCGCGAGAUCCACGCGGACAUCCAGGUGUUCAAGCAGGGGGUGGGCCGGCAGGUGGAGGAGGUGCUGCGCCUCGCCAGCCCGCUGGCGCGCAGCGUCUCCGAGCUGCAGGAGGAGAACCGGCGCCUGCGGGCGCAGCUGGAGCGCCUGGCCCGGCAGCUGGAGGCCCUGGGCCGGUCGGCGGGGCUGCCGCAGGAGUGGGCGGCGGAGGCGGCGGGGAGCCCCCCGGCCGCGGGGCCCGGGUCGCCGGGGGCGGCCGGCGGCAGGUUCUCCAGCCACGCCAAGCUCGCGGUGACGGGCCGCAGCCAGAGUGUAGACCUGGAUGACCACCACAAACCUGAGUUUAGAAGAGUUUUUAGUUCUUCCAUCAUUGAAAAUGGGCAUCAGUCUCCAGCAGGUCAGGCAAAAGUCUCCCAUGAACUGACCUCUUUUCACACAUCAGACUCUUCUCCUGAAGCCCAUGCCCCUGCAGUCGCUUUACAGAUGCCCCACCUUCCCAUUACUGCAGUAACUAGGAUAUCAGAGAAAUUUUCAGGAGAGACCAUCUCUUCAGCAGGAACAACUAACAUGUCUGCUGCCCUGCUGGGACAGAGCAAGAACAAAAAUGAGACUCUAGUGAAAACUUCCAACCAGUCAGUGAAGGCCUGGAACUCAAGUUCAUUGAGAACAAUGGGUUCAUCUGCCACUGCAGACAAAACCACUUCUGUCACUAAAUCUGUCUCAGCCACGAGCUAUGGGAUGAGUAGGGGAACCAAAACUGGUGAAAGUGCCACUGACAGUUUCUAUGAUGUAAUCCCCAAGUCUCGCUCCCCUCCUCCUGCUGUACAUCGACAAGUUGAAAGGAGACGAGAACUGGUGCGAUCUCAGACACUCCCACGGACUUCAGGAACACAGGCCAGGAAAGCACUUUUUGAGAAAUUUGAACAAGACAGUGGAAAAGGAAAAGGAGAAUCCAGAGCUAAGCUGAAGAGGUCGCAGAGUUUUGGGGUCGCCAGCGCUAGCAGCAUUAAACAAAUUCUGUUAGACUGGUGUCGCUCAAAAACCAUAGGAUACAAGCACAUUGAUCUCCAGAACUUCUCCUCAAGCUGGAAUGAUGGGAUGGCAUUCUGUGCCCUUGUGCAUUCUUUCUUUCCUGAAGCUUUUGAUUAUAAUAAGCUUGACCCAGCUAAUCGCAAGCAGAACUUUGAGCUGGCUUUCACCGUGGCUGAGAAAAUGGCCCACUGUGAUCGUCUAAUAGAAGUGGAUGACAUGAUGGUGAUGGGCCACAAGCCAGAUCCCAUGUGUGUCUUCACCUAUGUACAGUCUCUAUAUAAUCAUCUACGUCGCUUUGAAUGAAACCACGGCCACCUCUCCAGCCAGAAGGGUCAAGUACAGUAUACUAAUGGGAAGACUGAUGUUUUACGAAUAGAAUGCAGUGUUAUUUUUUGUUCUAAAGCUUUCUGCUAUCCCUCUGCUUACGUUCAGCUGUGUUGCUGACUGAAGUGUUACUGAGCAGUCUCUCAAAGUGUUGAUGACAACAGUAUGUCAAUAAUAAAGCAGCAUGUUUUAAAAAGACAAAAAGCAUAGGGAAAGGUAAAUGCUGUCAUUUUGGUGCUUUACGAGUAGUAGACUGUUUUUUGAAUAUUCUUAUGUUGUAGGAUCACUGGAAGCUAAAUUCCAGCGCCUGUCUCCAUUUUGUUGGGGGGGACACAGUUUUAUGCGGUGACAGGUAACUCUGCUAUGAAGCUGUUCUCUCCUAAAAUGCAACUUCACCUCCAGAAGACAGCAUCUUUCCUUCCACUUCUCUGUCCACCAUAACAUAAAAGAAAGCGCAGACAUACUGAGACAAGGAAAGCUUCGUUUAGCAAAUGUAAGCUUGACUGUCAUUAGGGCAACAAGCUCAACAAAGUUGAGUGCCCCAGCAAACAGGACUUACACUGCUCUCUUACAGCAGAAAGAACACCAGCUCUUACCUACUGAGGGGGCCCCAGACUCAACCAUCUUGCACAGCAGUGUUGGUAGUGGUUGAAUCUAAAGUGAUAUUGCUCAGGAAAGUGGCUGAGGCCUCUACUGCAGUCCUGGAUUCAUUUCUUGCUUAUGAAGAAUAGCAACAGUUGGGGCUGUUCUGUGUCAGGCUGCGUGCAUGAAUUAGGAUUACAAGAAAUACGGCUUAACUCUCUAACAGGGACAGGAAUGACAUUUUAAUGAUUCAUUCAGUCCUUGUGCUGUCUGUUAAGUAGCCAAGCAAGGUGCAAAAAAGUGUGAAUGAAAUGGGAAAUCUGAAAUGCUUUAGACUAGUUUCUGAUUUCAGUUAAAUUAGUGCUAAAUCCAGAAUAUUUCCAUUAACUGCAGUGGGAUUAUUCCAGAUUUACAGUAGGCAAAAAGGUUAUGCUUCACGCUUUCUGUUUGCUAGAUCAACAGAGCUUUGUUUUCACAGUGAAUGUUAAAAUCUAAAAAACACUAAAACACUAAAAAAAAUAAAAACCAAACCCUUAACUUUGUCCCUAAAAAUAGGCUCAGAAAAUAGAGCUCUCUGCUCAUGCUAAAGAAUGGUUUUUACCUGCAUUUGUUUGUGCUCUUGGUAGGUAUUUAUAAAGAUGACUUUGGUUCUGUAUCGAUGACCAUUUAUAAUAAAAUAUAUGUCAAACACU